AUGGGGUCCAUUAACGAGAGCAAAAACGAUAUAAUGCAACCCGAGUUCACUAAAAGCGGAUUACCGAGACAAACUCCGUUGAACGUAAUCAUCGUGGGAGCCGGUAUUGGUGGCUUGACUGCAGCGAUUGGAUUGCGACGAAAUGGUCAUAAAGUGACGCUCCUUGAACAAUCACGCUUUGCAAACGAGACGGGAGCAGCAAUCCACCUUUGUCCAAAUGCCAACGGUCUUCUCCGCCACUAUGGAAUGCCCCCAGAAGAUUUUGGGGCCGUGACUGUACACAGUGUGAAAGACUACACUUCUAAAGGAAACGUCAUCAAGAAAAUUGACAUGACAGAGUCAAGCAAACUUUGGCAGAAUCCUUGGCAGCUCUCCCACAGAGUUCGGCUUCAUGAGACAUUGAAGAAGACUGCAACCUCGCCCGAUGGAAUCGGAACGCCUGCAACUCUCCAUGUCUCGAGCAGAGUGGCGGCUGUAGAUCCUCAAAGUGCCACUGUAACUUUAGAGAACGGAGAUAUAAUCCAAGCCGACCUUGUCGUUGGUGCCGAUGGGUUAAGGUCCGUAACCAGAAAAGCAGUCGUCGGCCAUUCUGGAAAGUUAAUCCCUUCAGGAAAGGCUGCAUUUCGCUUCCUCAUACCGCGCGAGGCUGCGUUGUCAGUCGCGGGCUCCUCAGCAAUCAUGGAAGAAUCAAAUCAACUGAGCAUGUGGUUUCUAAGUGACAGGAGGGUCGUUAUGUAUCCAUGUAAUGACAAUGAGCUGCUAAACUUUGUGUGCAUACAUCCUGAACAUGAAUCUCAAGGAAGUUCGGAAGAAUGGAACAAAAAUGCCACUCUAGACCAGGUGCUGAAAGUUUAUGAGGGGUUCGACCCUAGACUUCUAAAUGUUAUUCGGGUGGCAGAUCCGGAGAGUAUUAAGGUCUGGAAGCUUAUUGACAUGGAAAACUUACCAACAUGGAUUAAUGGCAAGGUCGGUCUCCUCGGAGAUGCUGCGCAUCCAUUUCUACCACAUCAAGGUCAAGGUGGAGGGGUUGCGAUUGAGGAUGCCGUUGCGCUCGCGGUUGUUUUCUCGGGGGAUACAACGCCAGAGGAGGUUCCUGAGCGUCUUAAACUCUACGAAAAGGUACGUUUCGAGCGAGCCCAUGCCAUACAAGAGUUUUCUCGACAAGCAGGAGCGGAUUUUGUCGACGGAAAACCUCGGCUUGAUUUGAUGAAAUAUGUUCCGUACAAUUUUGGCCACGACGAGUACCACAACUCCACCAAAGUACUUGCAAAUUGGAAAAUUAGCAGAAGCAAGCCAGUUUACCAGAGAAUGCCGUUGGUGUUUGGUGUCACUCCUGGGCCAAGACAAGAUUCACUCGGCCACAGCCAAGUCUCAGGUGAGGAGAAGUUUGUCACUGCAACGAUCAAGUUUAGAAGCUCUCGGACCUUUCUUCAAAACUUAUUCCCGAGCGAAUCGUUCAAAUUUAAAUCGCCUGCGACGGUAGUGACUGCGAGCUUCAGAUCAACAACUGUGUCGAACAUGAAUUGGCUUGGUGGACGCGGAUAUAACCAUUUUGGUCUUUAUCUCCAUGACGUUCUGUACACGAAACGUGAUGGAAGCGUUGUUGAUGGUACAUAUUUGCCAAUCCUGUUCGAAAACCUCACAGAUCCAAUCCUCUCAGGGAGAGACGAACUUGGAAUGCCAAAGGUUUAUUGCGAUCUCGACAUCCAGCGGCAGCAGUCAUCCUACACUUUGAAGGCUUCAUGGCAGGCACAAACAUUUGGCACAUUUGUGAUCGAGGACUUGCAUACCACAGACACAAAAGAGGAAGUAGCAUCGUCAGAUGCUAGGAUCCUAGUCUACAAAUACAGUCCUGCCGUUGGAAAACGAGGUACAGCGGACUGCGAAUAUCCGGUUGUCGUACAUCACGGAGCUGAUGCGGAGCUGAAGCCGCAGACUACAACAAGACAGGUUUCAAGCAGUGCCAGCAUAAGUUUCGAAUCUUUAGACACUGGCAGAAUUCCUACCUUGCACCAUAUCGUGAGCAAGUUAGCAGAGAUUCCUAUUUAUAGCGUCAUUGAGGCAAGCGUAGUUAAUGGGAGUGGUGUUCCUGAUUUGAUUUCGGCAGAACGAAUAGAAUAG